AAAAAAAACACUGCGGAAAGUGAGAGAAAAAUCAAAGGGGCGGGUGGUGGGCCUAUAAAGACCCGGCCCCUAAUUCUCCCCCUUUACUUUCGCUUCCUUUCUUCCUAUUUCCUUUCCGCCUCCUUCCUUCCUCUUCCACAUUUCUCAAUUCUCACAACCCAAACAAGCAGCAAAUCGAGAUAAAGAAGAAAGGAAUGGGGAAUUGCCAAGCCGUUGACGCGGCGACGCUGGUGAUUCAGCAUCCCACCGGCAAAGUGGAGAAGCUCUACUGGCCCAUUACCGCCGCCGAAGUAAUGAAGACAAACCCCGGCCACUACGUCGCUCUCCUCCUCUCCACCACCCUCUACCCUCCUACUUCCUCCUCCGCCACCAAUGCUACCAAAUCCGCCGGCGGCAGCGGCGGGCCGGUGAGGCUGACGAGGAUUAAGCUCCUCCGUCCCACGGACACCCUCACCCUCGGCCACGUAUACCGGCUCAUCACCAAUCAAGAGGUGAUGAAAGGAUUGUUGGCGAAGAAGCAAGCGAAGCUCAAUCAAAACAAUCCCCAAUCAGCUGAAGAUCAGCAAUCGGCGUCCAAAUCGGAGGACCGGAGAAAACAGAGCAGCUCUGUUUUGCCGACGACGAUAUCGGAAACGGACGAAUCCAGAAGACGGAGAAGAUCUCACGGGGGCAGCCACCCGGUAAUUAUAUUACAACCCAUUAUCUUAAAACCAAAAAAAGAUCAAAUCUUUUGGGCUAAAGAUUGUUGCUUUUGCUUAAUGCUUAGUUCACUUCUCUCUCUCUGUCUCUGUCUCUCUCUGUUCCAUUUCUGGGUUACGUUUUUCUAGUCUCUCCCACCAACUACUUAACAUCAUUGUUCCUCCCGGAGACUGAUGAAAUGUACGCUAAUUCCAUUCUCAGGUGACGAGAAACGAAAGGAACAGAGGAUCAUCAUCGUCGUCAUCGUCAUCAUCAUCAUCAUCAUUGUCAGCAGGUGGAGCAGGGAGCGGGAGCGGGAGAUCAUCUAGAACAUGGCAGCCAUCACUGAACAGCAUCUUGGAAUCAGCUGGCAGCAGCAGCAGCAGCAGCAUCUAAUUUCAUACUUCAAUUAUAUUGUCUCCUCCUCUCUAGAGCUUAGUGAUGAUGCCUUUUUUCUCUCUAGAGCUUUAGUGGGCAGUGGUUCUUCGUGCCGACACCAACAUCACAGCAUAUGAAACCCAGCUGGCUCUGCCCAAACCGUCCAAUUCAUCAUCACACCCCCUCAAAAACCUCAAGAAUAUAACGGCAAUUUUUGCUUUUAAUUAAUCCCACCUUCCUGAAUUUUGAGAUACCGUUUCUUUUUCUCUCUUUAAAGAAAAGGAACCGUACGGAUACCUGUAUAGCAAAGAAAUUGAAGAGGGGGAAAAGGGAGAGAAAAAACAGAGAGGAUGAGUGCGUUGUCUUCGUCGUGGUGGUGGAGGGUUUUUCUUUUUCUUUCUCUUUUUGUGAGAUCGAUGUAGUGAAAUGAAUAACAUCCAUUUGUAGUUUAUGGCGCUGUUCGUUGGAGAAAUUGUGAAAUGAAUAAGAAAAAUGCCAGCCAGCCAGCAAGUUUUCUGACUCCAGAUUUACAGUUUCUGUGAGCUGUGUGUGUGUCUCGACUCGCUCCAGGACUCAGAUAUCUCUCUCUGUGUGCUUUAAUGUAUUGUUAUGUUUUUUUGCUUGCAAACAGAGGUUAAAAUAUUGGACGAG